AUGGCAAAACAGCGUGGCCCUCCACACCGAUCGUCUACCCACCCUGCCUCGAAUUCGUACCGGCCGAAGCCCAAUGGGACCGAUCAAUACCGUCCGAAAUGGGCUCCGCGCGAUAACGGAUCUCGACCUGAUCAUCCUCGGCACUACGAAUCAUACCGACCCGGAGACGACGGAGGACGCGAGCGGCGUAGAGAAUCCCAACGAGAGGACGCGCACAGCCUGCCACCCGUCCGGUCUGCAGUCACAAAAACCAAGCAUGAACGAGCCACCAACCCCUCCACGAGAAUCCAUUCGCUGAAGAAUCAGUUGCAAAAACAAGAGCUCCCUGGCACAAUCCGUCAGGAGAAGGAGCGUGAGCUUGCCGCCCUGCUGUUCGAGCAGGAACAGAACAAACUCAAACAGGAGGCCAGAAAGAAUCUUCAGCGGUAUCACUUUAUCCGUUUCGUAGAGCGACAGAAAUCGGAGCGAAAUCUCAAAAAACUGGUCAAGCAGAGAGAUUCUUGCAAUGAUGAAAAUGCACGGAAGGAGCUCGAAAAGCUGAUACACGUCACAGAGGUGGAUCUCAACUACGCCAAGUAUGCUCCUUUGGGUGACAAGUACAUUAGCCUGUUUCCGAACGACCACACCGACAACAAAGACAAGAAGAGGAGAGGGAAGUUCCAAAUGAACAGGCUCGACUUUGCCGUCCUGGAUGAGGAGCAGCAGAAGGAGCUUCGCAGUCAGUACGACCACGCGGCCAACGUGGUCCGCAGUGCUUCGGGCGAUAAGCCGCCCAUGUGGUAUCAAAUCGAGGAGCUCAUGGAACAAGGAGAGGCACAGCUGGGAUUAUUACGUGAGGGCAAGCUGACUACCCGCAAACAGCUCAAGACCAGCCUAGCUACACUCGGUGGGAAGGAAGAUGCUCAAAUGCGCAGUACCAGUGGACGCGAUCUGACCGAGGCAAAGCCAGAAUGGCUUGACGAUGAUGGUGUCAUUGAUCCUGCCGAUCUGGACAGCGACCAGGACGAGGACAUGAGCGACGGUGGUUUCUUCGAACGCUGA